CCUAACAAAGUUUCCCAAAAACAGCAACAAAUUUUGUUUCUCAAACUAACUUGUCCCAAAAUCCAUGCUUAGUUGAGGGACUUUGUUCCUACAACCAACCACAUUUUCCAUCCCUCAAAGUCUCAACCUUUGCAUCCCAAUCUGAUUCCUUUUUAUAUAAAACAGAUACCCUUUUCAUUUUGACACAUUUCAAAUGCUUUUGUGUUGUUGAAUUCCAAUUUUAUUUUAUAUUUUUUCGUUCUCUUCUUUUUCAAGUGAUUUUCAAAAUGGAAAUGUUUAUGUGGAAAGAGACUAAUGGGUAUUAUCAUGAUCAAUUUGCAUGUGGAUAUGGUAAAAAGGUUCCCAAAAUGAUGUCUUCUUGUGCAUCACCUCCUAUUGCACUUGGAUGCAUCCAACAUUCUAUAUCCAAAAUGGACACGUUAGCUGGCAUUGCAAUCAAGUAUGGUGUUGAGGUUGCAGAUAUAAAAAAGGUGAACGGGCUUGUUACAGAUCGUCAAAUGUUUGCUUUAAGGACCCUCCACAUUCCUCUACCUGGAAGUCCAAUCGAUGUAGCAAGCUCGAAACUGUCUGAAUCAUUCCGGUCCCUAGAAGCAAAUUCUUCUGGACAGAAGCUCACUGCAUCCAUGAACGCUUCACAAGGCUAUUAUGGAACUGUACCAACAGACUUGGAGGCAACAACUUGCAGCAAAGAUUCAUUGGAUUCGGCAACCUCCAAUCGGCCAUGUCACCACCAGAAAUCUAGGAGUUUGGCUGAAAGCAUUAUGGAUGAGGUUAUGCAGAAGUCAGAGAUGGAGCACAACAACAAUAAACGGAGUACUGAAUCGGACAUUAGGGCUACAGAGAUCCUCAUGAAGGAAGAGAGUAUUGUUGGAUUGCCAUCAAGAAAAGGAAAUAGCUUAGCUCUGAGACAGAAAUCUGCUAGCAGGAUUGCAUUGCACAUGGGAGGUGAUUUUCUAAUUGAUGGAGUAAAUGGUGUGAGGAGAUCAUCAAGUACUUCAUGCUUGCAAGCUCAAGAUAACACCAAUUCUUCAAACAUGAGGUCUAAUUCAAGGAGCAACAUGAAACAAGAUUAUUUCAUGUUAUUCUCAAUUCCAAAACCAACCUCAACUGGAAGAACAAGCAAAGCUGCAAUUGAUUAG